AUGAGCGUCACAUUCGAAGUAUUCCGCGGUUCCAAGGAGGGAAAGAUUGUUGGCGAUACUACAACCCGCACCUUGGGCCACAAUGAAGUCUACAUCGAGACCACACACUCUGGUCUCUGUGGCACAGAUGAGCACUACCUGAAGUCCGGUAUGGUCCUCGGUCAUGAGGGUGUGGGUGUUGUGCGCCAGAUUGGCCCAGAUGUCAAGAACGUCAAGGCUGGAGAUCGUGUUGGAUUCGGAUACACCCACUACGUCUGUGGAACCUGCGAGAAGUGCUUGACUGGAUGGGACCAGUACUGUGAGAACAAGAAGGAAUACGGUUCCCAUGACCAUGAUCUUGGAUCCUUCAGCGGUGGUGUUGUCUGGGAUGCUGGUUGCGUCGUCCCCAUCCCCGAUGGAUACGAUUCCGCAGAUGCCGCCCCUCUGAUGUGCGCUGGCGCAACGGUCUGGACCUGUCUGACUGAAUAUGGCGUCCGCUCCACUGACCGCGUGGGUGUGAUGGGUGUUGGUGGCCUCGGUCACUUGGCAAUCAAGCUUGCCUCUGCCAUGGGAUGCCACGUCGUCGUGUUCUCCAGCUCCGAAUCCAAGCGAGAAGAGGCCAUGAGCUUUGGUGCUUCCGAGUACCAUGUUUUCCGCACCGGCGAGGAACUGAAAGACUGCCUGCCAGUAAACCACCUCCUGCUCUGCGGUAGUGCCAAUGUCGACUAUCCCUCUCUCAUUCCUUUGAUGGAUAUCCAUGGAUCUAUUUAUCCAUUGACCGUUGACUUUGCUCCCUCACCCGUUCCGCUUCUGUUCAUGAACGUCAAGGGUAUUCGAAUCCAAGGAUCUUUGGUGGCUUCUCGGCACAGCUUGCGCUCGUUGGUACAAUUUGCAGCGGACAAGAAGAUUGUGCCCACUACAAUGACAUUCCCAUUGAACCAAGAGGGAGUGGAAGAGGCAAUGCAAACCCUUCGUGAUGGCAACAUGCGAUACCGAGGCGUUCUUGUGCGUUAA